AUGCCUGGCGACGAGAAAGUCAUUAUCCCCAUGACCAAGGAGGCUGCGGCCCGCAUCCAAGCCGGUGCAGCCAACGAUGGCAACGACCCCGACUUUGCCGUUCGAGCUCAGGCGGCCGGAGACAAGAACAUCAACGAGGCGGCUAAGGAGGCCAAGGAACAGGGAGAACAGAAGAAAUGA